AUGCCCACCUUUGACAAGCGCAGCCUGGUGUCGCCGGUGCCCCUUGUGGUCCCGGAGGCGACGGCGCCGGUGGACGUGUCUUCUGGUGACUCCCGCAAGGAGGAGAAAGAGGAGGAAGACGAGGCGACCCCCGAGGGGAUGGGGGAGACCUUGCCCUUGCGCAAGGCCAACAUGCUCCGCACCCUGCCUGACGAUGAUGACGAGGCCGAUAUCCUCCAUAGGGGGGAGCCGCCUGUGAUCCGGACGAGGGGCAGGCCAAUGCCCGCGGCGAACAAGAGGAGGGAGGAAGCGGUGGUGCUGCCCGGGGCCAAUUUGCCUGCUGCGGCUACAUCUCCCUCCGUGGAGAAGGGCAGCAUCAGCGCUCACACCUCUCCGGCUCGAUCAUCCUCACGAGGCCCGGGGGAGCAUCCUCGUGAGGAGUCAGCCCCCAUGGCCCCGCUGGCUCCGGAUGCACCGGUGUCCGGCUCGGCUGCUGAGCUUCAUUCUGGCGUGUCCGUUCGGGCGGCGCUAAGCCAGGCCGCGGCGACCUCCGAGAAGGAGAAGCAGGCCGUCGCCCAGGCAGCGGCCGCUCGCGAGGUGGCGUUGAAGGAUGUCGAGGCAGCCCAGGAUCACUGCCGGGUGCUGGAGGCCGAGCUGAAGACCCGGCGCAACGAGCGUGCGGAAGAAGCCCGCAGCCGCAAGGCCGCCGCCCAGGCAGCGGCCGCUCGCAAGGCGGCGCUGAAGGAUGUCGAGGCCGCCCAGGAUCGCUGCCGGGUGCUGGAGGCUGAGCUGAAGACCCUGCACAACAAAUGUGCAAAAGAAGCCCGCAGCAGCAAGGUGGAGGAGGAGAAGAUGAAGGCCCAGGAGGAUGCCAUCAAGGGUCGCGAUGCCGAGCUGGAGGAGUUGGCGAAAGCGCAGGCCGCGGAACGCAGCCAGCUGGAGAAGCUGGAGUAG